CCGGAUAUCAGGCGGUGUCCUCCUUAACCUGACGAGGAAGUAAUCCCCUCCAGGCUGCAUCUGCUUGCUGUGACUCGGUUCUCCCUUUGCGUCUGUGGCUACAGAGAAGGCCGAUGGAGAAUUCCGACCACAGGACCGAGGUGGUUCUUCUGGCUUGCGGGUCUUUCAACCCAAUUACCCACAUGCACCUGCGGCUUUUCGAACUGGCCCGAGAUUGCUUGAACGAGACCGGGAAAUAUAAAGUGGUCAAAGGGAUCAUUUCACCAGUGGGGGAUGCCUAUAAGAAGAAGGGCCUGAUCAGUGCCAGUCAUCGGGUGACCAUGGCGAGGCUUGCUACAGAAAGCUCUGACUGGGUGGAAGUGGGCGACUGGGAAAGCAGCCAGAAGGAAUGGCAGGAGACCAUCAAAGUGCUAAGAUACCAUCAACAGAAGUUGAGUCAUUCAUAUGCCACGAACAACGUUGACAAAGUAGCUCCUCUGAGCAAACCAGGCCGAAAGAGGAAACGGGAAGCAGGUGGCCAUCUUCCCGUCAGACAGAAUCAACCAAAUUCAGAAACUAAAGGCACCCCGCAGCUGAAGUUGCUCUGUGGUACAGAUAUCCUGGAGUCGUUUGCCGUCCCCAAUCUCUGGAAGCCAGAAGACAUUUUGGAAAUCGUGACCAACUAUGGCAUGGUGUGCAUCACCAGAACUGGGAACGAGGCCCAGAAGUUCAUCUAUGAAUCCGAUAUCCUCUGGAGCCACAAGGAGAACGUUCACCUGGUGGAGGAGUGGAUCAGCAAUGAUAUCUCAGCCACCAAAAUCCGGAGAGCGCUGAGGAGGCGGCAGAGUGUCCGAUACCUGGUGCCCGACAGCGUUCUGACUUACAUUGAAAAACAUAAAUUGUAUACUGCCGAGAGUGAAGACCAGAAUACGGGGGUGAUCUUAGCUCCGUUGCAAAGAUAUGCCAAGGAGGCUAGUAAGCACUGAUCCCCCUCCAUCUUUGGUGGGAGAAGGAGCCACUCUUUGUGAGAAAUUCUUACAAAAUCUUUGGUCCUUUCACUGGCCACUGAAGUCAACAGGAUUCUUAUAUAUGCUGGAUUAGUAGGGUUAGGAGGGGUUGCCAACUGAUCAGCCAUGGCACAGCCUGCUCCCGUGCUUUUUGCAGUCAGCAAAUGAAGCUUUUCAGAGCAUAGAGAUGAGCAUGAUUUCUUCCCCAUGUCUAUAAAUCUAGCGGCUGCUAAAGACACAGGAGCAGAGGCCAGCAAAGGAGUUGGCAACCCUAGUUAUUUUAAUGUGAACCCCCAAGCCUUGCAUUGCAUUGUAGAUUCUGCUUACGCUUUUGAGCACUAGGCCUGAUCCAAACCUUCGGACUGCCUUCUUGGUGGCAACUGAGGUUGAGCUGGGUAGUGCUUAUUUGUUUGUGUGAAACUACCACAUACCUGGAUGCAUGUGGUAGUUAGCUAGCCUAAGUGCAGGGGUUCGUAAGCAUGAAAUCCCAUGAUGGGGCCAAAAUGUCCCAGUCUCAACAUGGUCAUAAAGCUAGAAUGACUGUAGGGUUGCAAACAGUCCUGGAGGGGGAAAAAAACUGUCCCUUUCAUAGAGUCUUAAAAGUAUAUAAAUGGGCUGCUGAAACUUUUCAUGGCUGGAAGGUAAAUAACAUUACAUUAACCAUCCAUGAGAGGGACAGGAAAUUUUUUUCCAGGGAGUUGGCAACCCUCAGUGACCCACAGCCUGAAGUUCUGGUAAAACUUGAAGGUUAUUACUGGCUCUGAUUUUCUAAGGGUGUCAGUCUAAGCUCUGGCUUCUCUUUGGUGAGAAUUUGAUUUCCUUUUGUAAAACCUUUCCAUAGGUAAACUUAAUGUGGCAAUAAGGAUAAUAAUGGCAUGUGGCUUGAAUCUGACACUGAAGAAUGCAGUUUGAGGUUCCUGUUUGAAGCUGGACUCACCCAGUUGGGUGCCAACGAAUGCCUAACCAUAGAGAUGUGAAGCUAGAGUAUUCUCUUGUGGUGUUUUCUGCCAUGGUCUUGGCACCCAAAUGGCAUCCUUUAAAGAUGAAACAGGCAGCCAGGAUUGUGUGUGUUACUCUUCUUGUUUCUUAGCUCUAUGAGUACAACUCUACAAUUUAUAUAACCCCUUUUGGUUUUGAAUUUUGUGAAGAGUUGCUGUUAGGCUGAGAUAGACGGUGCUCCAAAAGAAGUGAAGCACGCUGCAGAAGUCGGCAGGAUUCCAAGCAAGGAGCAACAUUGCAUGUUGAGAUGAGACUGUUAGGUAGAGAAUAUUUCCUAGGAGGAAAAAAAAAUCUCUGCUCUACUACUGAAUAAAUAUCUCCUCCUUUUAUUAGUACUCUUCCAUGCAGGGAUGGACAACUCGGAUCCUGUGCGCAUUUACCCCAAAGUAAAUCCCCUUGAUUUCAAAGGGCUUAUUUGUAGGCAACAGAGCGUAGGAUUGUAGCCUAACUGCCUUAUCAGAUGCAUAUUAGGAGAUGUUGUUUUUCCCAUUUGUGCUGAGUUGUGGGUGAUCAAGCCUACAUGCUAUGUCUUCCUAGCAAGAUGAACCUUAUCUGCAGCCUCCCGCAAGAAAUUCUUAAAUGCUGGAUUUGUAAUGAAUGUUCAAGUUUGCACUGAAGUGCUAAAACCUGAGCCUAGGCUGUGCCACUCCAGGCUGCAAGAGGCAGAUGAUGGGUUUUCCAUACUAAACAAAGGUUUCUUGUCAUGGACAGUCGCUUUUCCUGGCCUGUUAGUUUUCUUUGUGCAGGUGUUUUUCCAGGCAGAGGUUUCCCAUGUCACUGAGAGCUAGGGCCUUAGUUUGAAGGGUGGCCUGCACAGUUUCAUUGGGAAAGGAGUCCUCCAGCCAUAUACCCUGUCUUAUCACAUGCUGUGCUGGUGCGUUCAUCUGGGUGGGUGAUAAGUCAUGUGGAGGCUCCAGUGAGCUGCGAGCACCAUUUUAUAGCAGAAAGGUAACAUCUUCAAAGCUAAUGUGAGAAAGGGGAGGUGCUGUCCUGGCUGAAAACUGGCAUCUUGGAGAAGGUUACAGAUUUUUAUUACUCAGAUCAAGCAUGCCCUAUUUACAGCUGAAGUCAAUGACAUGAGUUCACUGUUGCUUGUAACCCAAACUAAUGUUCACUUCUUGCAUAUCUGAGCCUGCUAACAGCUUUGGUGAUCCAAUUGAUUGUUAUAGUUCUGGUGCCAAGGUUACUGCUUGACCUCACCACCUUAAUUAGGAGAUUGGGAGCCACUCUUGGGCUCACAUGCUUCUCUUCCUCUCUGAUCUCACAUUCUUUUGCCCCUUCUCCUUGCCUGCAUGUGAAUUCCUCAUCUCAUGGAGCUAACCAUGGUUAGCAUUUUGACUGUUUUUUUAGUGGAAUGCUAACUAUGGCUAGCUCAAGCCAGAAGGGGCAGGCCAGGCCUGGUUCGAACCAUCAUUGAAAACUCUGCUAGUUACAAAUUAAUGGUCAGUGUUCAGAUCACUGCACACCCAAUAGUAACCAUGGUUAGUUCUGAAAAAAGGAGGGAGGGGGAAUUUGUGCACAAAGCAUAAAAGUGGGGGGAAGAAGAGCGAGAAUCCAGGGUGGUGGUGUUCCUAGUCACCUAACCACAACUAGGAGAACAGGGAGUGUUACUUCUGCACCGACUUAAACAGACAAACGUUGUUUGUGGGAAAAUUGUGUACUUUUGCCUUUCCUAGCCGUGUUGAUUUAGUGCUGCUGAUGUGAGGUGAGAAACAGAAGCAAUAAAGAAUAUGGUCAACCUAUGAUACCAGCCCUCUCACAUCAGCAGUGCGCAGCUGCGAAUUCCAUGUUUACAUGGCCAUCUUUCAUUACAGACUUACACAUUGCUCUCCCCCAAAUCCUGUCCCUUUAAAUCCUAAUGCUGGUGUUGGUACUUUAAUUUCUCCCUGUACUUAGCGCUGCUCGAGAAGCCAAGAAAUUAACGUGUGCCACUGUGGAAAAAAAUUGUAAUAAAAUCA